AGAAUCGACGAAGAUACUUGUCGGCAAUUGGUUGUUUGCGGGGGGUGCGCGCAUGGUCCGUUUCGGAAUCAUUGCGGAUGGGGACUUCUUGGUUGUUUGGAUGGUGAUUAGGAUAGUCGGUAGCAUAACGUUGACUAAGAGAGUACAAUUAUUCAUCGGUCUGUAUUGAAUAAUUUUUUUUCGGGGGGAGAGAGAGAGAGAGAGAGAGAGAAAGAGAGAGAGAGAUAAAAAAAUAUAUAUACAUAAGUUGUUGAUAAAAUGUCCGGUUUACUUUACACUCUACUCGGACUCGCUGCCAGUUCGAGUCUACAUUGUGCUGUUAGACGUGAGAUAAGUCCAUGUACAUGCAGACAGGAGGAUUUUUCAAGUCCAGUUAUUGUUAAUCCAGUAUCAGUAACACCGUCGAGUGAUCCUGGUAAUGUUGGUGGUAUUGUACCAAGUGGUAGUGUCAGUGGUGGUGGUGGUGGUGGUGGUGCUGGUGUUAAAAAUGUUAAUGCACAUGGUCAUGGUGAAAGAAUUGAAGUUGUGUGCGAGAGAAUGGAGUCAUUUGGACAAGUUGCUGAUGCACUCAGGGGUAAAUUUACUGCUGAACAGCAAAUUACACUCAGAGUAUCGCACUCGCAAUUGCGCGAUAUAUCGCGGCAUGGUUUCAAGGAGCUCAGAAUGUCGAUAACACGACUUGAGCUCAAUCACGAUCAUCUGAGUAAUGUCGAUGGUGAAGUGUUUGCUGGAUUGAGCCGCACGCAAUACUUGAGUCUAGCCGAUAACGAAGUAUUGUCGAUACCGAGGCAUAUUUUAUCGCAUCUGUCACUGCUUCGGACACUUGAUCUCAGUAGAAAUCGCAUCGGUCGCAUUGAUUCCGAUGAUUUUAAGUACAAUCCGACACUGCAGCAUCUGUCAAUGGCCGGCAAUUCGAUAUCGGAAAUGAUACCCGGUUCGCUUCCACCACUCGUUCGACAUCUUCAUGUCGGUAGAAAUCAUCUCAAUUCACUGAAUCGAACCCUCCGCGACUUGAACCAACUGGAGUGGCUAUUCCUAAACUCAAAUGAGCUCACCUCUUUGGACGGUGAGCUACCAGCCUCUGGACACAAUCUAAAGAUGCUCUAUGCCGCUGACAACGAAUUGACUCAUCUCCCAACGGAAUUUCGUUAUCUCCACAGACUCGAGACAUUAUUCCUCCAGCAUAACAACAUUCAUAGUCUCGAUGGAACUCUGCAGAAGGCGAGGCGACUAAAGUUCUUAGAGUUGUCUUACAACAACCUGCAAAAGUUAACAGAAGAAGAUUUCGUGGAGGCAGAGAUGCUUGAGGAUCUAGAAUUGGGUCAUAAUUCCCUGAAAUCAUUGGGCGGUGAUACAAGCAUUGGUGGUGAUGGCAACGGUAGUAACAGUGCUCUCUGGCCCCUGAGAUCAUUAAAGUGUUUAAAUUUGACCCACAAUGAGUUGAGUGAAUUUUCAUUCGCCUUGUUACGUGGUCUCAAGGAAUUACGUCUCCUCGAUCUUUCAAGUAAUCGAAUUGUCCGUCUCUAUCGUGGACCAACUGAGAAUCUCGUUGAAGAGGAGGGAGAGGAAAUACCUGGGGCUAGUGUCCAAGACAUGAGACUGCAGAAUAAUAUGUUGAGCAGUCUGGAGGGCUCGUUAUUCAUUGGAAUGCGGGAAUUGCAGAGGCUCAAUCUGAGUCACAAUGCACUGGGGCCAACCAUUGGACCACAAGAUCUGAGGGGCCUUGAGGGCCUGCGUGUCUUAGAUCUUUCUUAUAACAGACUUACGACACUUGAGGACACAUCAGAGACGUAUUUGCCAGCUCUGGAGGAGCUCAAUGCAUCCAACAAUCGUCUGAUAACACUAUCAGAAAGAGACUUCCGGGGUUUUCCAGGGUUAUGCUGGGCAGAUGUCAGUGCCAACGAAAUAAGAUCGCUGACACCGGAAGUUGUUGCCAAUACACGAUGCACGGUUCAUGGAGUGCCCGAUGUAUUACGUAUUUACUUACAAGAUAACCCAGUGCUGUGUGACGCCGGUCUGGCCGACCUAACGGUUGCACUGGAAGUCAACCAUGCAAAGGUCUAUGGGGUCACCAGUAACUGUCCAACGACGAUGAAGACACCAGCUGAAACAACAUCUACCCUGCCUCUGAUACCGCCUACCCUUUUUAUUGCCGCUGCUGCUGCUGCAUCUGGUGGUAAUGUAUCAUUUGCUGCGACACUCGAAUAAAAUUAUUUACUGACGCGAUGGGAGAAAUGGGAAGAGAUAAUCAAGCUUCAGUUUUCAGGGAUGUAAUAGUAAAUUAUCAGAAUUUCAUGUGCAACAAAAAUUAAUUCGACAGAAAAUUUUGUGGGAAAAAGGAACAGCAGAAAUUUGGAUUUUAGGAAAGUUUUUGGGCUGAAAUUCGUAGGUUUUUUUAUUAAAUGAGACGAAGGAAAGUCCAAACGAUGGUGGAGAUUCAAAUUUAUGUCGUGUGAAUGUAAGAAUUGUAGUUGGUUAUUAUUAUUAUUUAGGUACCAGGCAUUGUUGUAGACAUUGUAAAUAGUUAUCAUUUGUUCCCCUAUACAUGUUUAAAUUUAGGUUUCAGAUAUUAUUAUUUCAUAGUAUAAAAAAAUUUCACGUCUCUACUAUCCAGAAUGACGGAUAUUUUAGAAAUAAUUGAUAGUUAUUACGGAGGGAUCAGAUAACUCGAAGCCAGAAAAUAUUGUGAAUCAAUAGGUACAGUUUGAGAUAAAAAAAAAUUAAUGGGAGAGAACUCAUGACUGCAGGUCAACUGAUGAGUAAAAUGAAAUCUGUCAAAUUGAGACUUGUUCAAUUGUCAGUGGGCGAGAUGUAGUUGACCUCACUACUUGACCCCAUGCCCAUAAAAAUGAUUUGUUAUUGACUCGGGCAUUGCAUACGUAAUAUAUCAAUCAUAUAUAUUUCCAAUUAUUAAUAUUAUUUAUCAUUCUUCAUUCUUGUUAAUUCGUCACAGGCUAGAAAAUUGAAGAGUUGAAAAUUUUUGAGAAAUUCAUGGCAUAAACCACUAGCAAAAAAAUACUUUUGAAAUUUCUGGUACACUUCGUGAACAUUUUCAUAAAAUUGCAGUUUCGUGAAGGCAUUCAAUAAAAACUGAAUUUCAACCAGAUUAUUUCGCAAAAAUCAACAGACCUCAAAUGUCACUCGUCCUUCAACUUUCCUCACAAUGAAAUGCCACUCUCCCGAAAAUUACUAGUCAACUGUCCCUGAAAUUUCAAUAGUUUUCUAGCAGCGAUAACUGAUAUUAACAUGUACUGAAAAUAUGUCCUCAAGUCAUUCGGUAAAAGCCAUUCACUUAGGUAUUGAAUCAUAUAAUAUUCGUCAUAGUAUUCAAAUUAAAUCACAUAGUUUUAUUUCAUUCAGCAAUUGGGCUACAAAAGUGAAUGAUAUGACGAGGAAAAAAUUCAGUAAUCAUGAAUGAUCCGAUGAGCUUCAAUUAUCCACAAGUCAAAGUCAGACCCAUUGAACUGUUAAGUAUUGUAAGUCAAAAAAAAUUUAUUUCCUAGCGCUAACGAUCGUAAUACAUAUAUGCAUACAUUAUAUCCAUAAUCUGAUGACAAAUGACUCCAAAUGAAAUAUUUAUACUUAUGUGUGCAUAUAUUGAUACGAUAUGUAACAUUCUUAGCUUCUAAGUAAUUUAUCAACGCUGUGAUUUGCAGUUUCUUGCUUUUGUUUUUUUUUUUAAAUCAAUUUUCUUUUCUUCAAUUCAAAGGUUCAUGUUGAUGAUCGUUAAUGGAUCUCUAAGUCUAAAUAAAAAUUGAAUGGAAUGUGAAUCUAUUAUUGAUCUCUGAUAAUGGAGAGAUGAAUAAAACCUAUUAUUGCAAAAUAACGAUAAAACGUUAUAUUUUGAUAAGAAAAGCGUUCAUGGUUGAUCAGUGAAUUAAAUUUGACAUGUAUAUGUAACGAAUCGUGUGUUUGUGAACGUGGAAAGGAAACAAUGACGAGAGAAAAAAAAAACAAAGUUUCUAGAUAUCCUAAUUUUUAUCAAUAAAGGCUUUACUCUUCUAAAAAAA